UUCUUUUUCUGUCUAAAACCCUAAAACCCCUUUUUGAAUUUGUUUUGACAGCAGCUUGUUACUUCGCACUGCAACUCUCAAUUUCAUAAGUUAUGCUUCCGCUCUUCAAUCCCAACCAAAGUCAAACUAAUGGAGCCAUUACUUCAGCUCCCCAACGGGUUAUGCAAUCUAGCAAUUUUCAUGGUAACCCAAGUAAUUUAUUGCCAAACUCUGCCCAAAUUCAGCCUCAAAUGGGCAUGAUCAAUUCUCAAGUUGCAAUUCCUUUCAAUAGUUCAAAUACCCAUUUGAGCAAUGGGAACUUAGCAAUGCCCAAUUGGCCAGUUCAAAUACCUGCGCCUUGUUUCAUGAAUGCACCUAACCAGAUUUUCCCCUUGCAAAAUGGUAUGCAUCUUUUGGCUCCACAGAGUUUGAGUACGGUCGGCUUGAAUUCUUCUCAAUUACCUGGUCAGUUAUUUGCACAGAAUUCUGGGAACCCACCUCAAUUCUUCAACCAGAAUGUCAGUUUGCCAAAUGGGCAGUUCUUUUUGCAGAGUCCCAUGCAAAAUAUGAAGCAAUUUGCUCAAAUGCCAAUGCCAAAUCAUUCUCAAGUUGUUUCUGGCACUCACCCUCUGUGCCUGAAUAAUCGAGGUUUUCAGGGUAUUGGCCCUCAAAAUUCCAUCUUCGUUGCUAACCCACAAUUCGGCCUGGUUCAUUCUAAUGGAAUUGUGCAACCCAAUUUUCAAGAUCACCAUAGUUCAAUGUCACCAACAGUGAAUGCGAAUGCACCAAACCAGUUGCAUAAUAGUACUCCUCAACUGCAAGGGAGCUCACCUUCACAGCUUGCUUCUGGUUCUCUUCAAGGACAACAAGACCAGAACAACUUUCGUCCUGUUUCAUCACAGUCACAGGGGAAUCCCAGAAAAGAUAUUGGGUUGAACAAAUUCAGUAGUAACUGGAAAAAUUCUCAGAAGAGAAACUUUACAAGGAAUCCAAAAGGCAAUGCAUCGCAUAGUGGAUAUAUGAAGUCCCAUUUUGGUUCUAAGCAAGACGCAAAAGGAAAGUUCAAUCAUAAUGGACAUGGGGUAAAAGGUGAUAGCCAUGAUGGAGCUAGAAAUUCUGGUCUGACUAACUCUACCAACCAAACUCAAGUGGAAAAGAAAAGAUCUCUAUCUUUGAACUACACGGAACAAGAAAUCCAACAGUGGCGCAAAGAACGCAGGAAGAAUUAUCCAUCAAAAGCCAACAUGGAGAAGAAGCUGACAAAGCCCGAGUUCACCGACAAAGAUACCACGUUAUGGCGUCAGCAACUCAAAGAAGUUUUAGCAAAGCAGGCUGAGCUAGGUUUUGAAGUUGCAGAAAUACCAUCAUGCUAUCUAUCAGACUCGGAGCAACAAGUGCAUGGAAGGGUACGGAAUGAAGGUGCUUUGGGGAAGAAGGGAAGAUUCAAAAAUAAGUUCAAUAAAAGAGGAAGAUUCCAUCAGAAUGAACGUUACACCCAAAAGCAAAGGUCAGGAGACCAUGAUUCAUCUAAAAAGCACGAUCAAAACAAUCAGUUAACCAAGAAGCAAAGGUUGGAAAACAAUUAUUCAUCUGCCACACCUAUAGUGAAGACAAGAGAGCCAACGCUUUUGCAGAGGCUCCUGAGUUCAGAUAUCAGGAGAGAUAAGAGCCACAUGUUGCAGGUUUUUAGGUUCAUGGUGACGAAUUCUUUCUUCAAAGAGUGGCCUGACAAGCCCCUGAGAUUUCCUUUGGUAGUCGUUAAAGACAUGGAGGCUGAAAGUGAGUUGGUUGAAGAGAAAUCUAAGCAGGUUGAGAAAGUUGAUUUUGAAGGCAUUGACAGGACAGCAACUAUCAAAGAAUCCUAUGAUAGGGACGAUGACAGCAGCAACAAUGGCAAUGGAAAAAUCAAUGCGCAAGUCCCAAGAGCAGCUAAUUACAUUAGGGGAACUGGUACUAUUGAAGAGGAACCCGAGGGACCUGAAGAAGAAGAGGGAGAAAUCACCGACUAGUCUGUGUGUGUGUGUGUUUGUAUAAGAAUAUUCUUGAAUGAUGUUAUAGUAUAUGCUUUUAUGUUUGGAAAUUUGAGGGAGGCGGGAAUUAGAUCAUCAUCAAUUUAGGUAUAAAUAGAAUGUCUGGCUUGAUGCAGGACAAGCAUCCCCAACCAAGUGAAACUAAGGAUCCGAAAGAGUUUAUGAUUUGAUUUAUGUGGUUGUGACACCUCCGUGUAUGAAAUACCACAGAAGAUGCAAGUCACUGGACAUGAAUGACUUCAUAAGCAU